GCAGCGCCCCUCGUCCGCCGGCUUUCGCGGUCGUUGCGACAUUCCGCGGUGGGCGGCCCUUGAUGAGGGCCGGCCUGCUGCGCCGCUCCGCGUCCGGCCCUUUCCGCCCGUGUUCCUCGUACCCGCAAGCGCCGGUCUCUCGCGGUCGCCCGCGGCACGUUAACAGAGACGCUGCGGGUUAGCUUCGCUGCGAAAGUUGUUUUGCCUCGAGUUGCAAAAGCGAGCGCGCUUUUUGCUCCAAGUGUCAAUCUACUUAUUCAAGUCCACGCGUCUACUGUGUCAUCAGAGACCGUGCUGGCGGAUGCAACACAGAUGCUGAGACAGAUGGCGCCUAGACAAAUAAGGCGUCCGAUCGCAGGAGG